AUGUCAGAAACAAAAUUUCUAGAAGAGAAAGAAUACAUCCGGAAACUUGGUGAUUUUGCACUGCGGGAGUAUAUCUACAGUAGAGACAAGACAGCGUGUUUGAAGAGGUCAGUACCCAGGGAAACCAUGUUGCUCCAAGCUUUGGAAUUGGCACGAGCAGGUCCCGCCUCGCAGCUUGCCACCUAUCACACUACGCCUCACCCCGACCCAGGACUCAGGCGCUCGCUCCGCAACAAACAGCUUGUUAGAUCCCGCCCAGUCAAACUUUCCCAAACAGAAGCCCGUGGUAUCGAAGACCUUGAAUCAAAGCCAGUCAUCUCAUCUGCGGUCAAGGCUGUCCAAAAAGUCCAGUCUAUCAAGAUGUCUUCCGGAAAAAUGAAACCCAAAAAAGAUCUGACCGACCGAUCCUCACCCAAAGUGAAAACUACCCCUAAGGCGCAUUGGGGGGGAGGAAGUUCCAGUGCCAUCGAUCUGAGCGACAUGAUGGUCAGGCCGGGCGAUCUGAAGCUUAGCCUUGGCCCAAAAAGCUCAUUUCUUUCCCCAUCGCUAGUGGCGGCCGCGGAGAAUCUUAGAAUCAAUCCUUCAGCUAGUGAUACUGCGUGCUCCAAGUUUGUUGAAGAUCCCUCCAGACACCGUCCCCAUAAGUCAUACACGGCAACAGUUUCAGCCCAAAGUUCACUUGGAAGUGACUCCGCCGCAUUGAUCUUUCCGGAAGACAGGACCAAACAUUAUCAAUUAUCUCCCGUCCCCACUGUUUCAGCCUCGCAUCCCCAUAUAUCGCAGAAGCAUUCUGGAAAACUUCCUCUUGCAAAAUCCGCAGCUGACAGGUACCGUGACGCCAUCCCAAACAAAGAAACAUCAUCUGGAUCCACACUGACUCCCUAUCAUUCUCGUAGUUCUCAAAGACAGCCCUCUCAACCCCCUCAAUCCCGUCAUCACUUGGCCGCUUCAAGUGCAAGCACGAGGGUUUCGAAGAAGCAUUCACUCAAAAUCCCAUCACCAAUCAGAGUCCCCACAGACUCCCUGGAAAGUUUCCCAUUUCAAGCAAUGUUGCAAGCAGAAGCAGCUGAACGUAAGGCGGUAGAUUAUUUGAAAGAGGGAAACCGCUGGGAUAAUUUUAUAUCCGGCAGAACAUCCGACGGACUAAAUCCUCAUUCCAGUGAGCCAGGAAGUGACUUGAUUCACCUCGAAGCAUGCCUGCAGGAAGAAACCUUGAAAAGAGAAGACCAUUUGGAAUUGGAGCGAAUCCAGAAAUGCAAGAAUUUUGUGCAAGAGAAAGGACCCCUUUUACUUGCCCAUCUGAGGCCUCGAAAUUCGUUACUUCCAAGACGUCCACCUCUGAGUCUCCUCUGUCACAUGGACGGAACCGAACAUCUCCAGCUCGUUGAUACCUCCCACGAGAGAAUAAUAAUUGAGGCGUUCUUAAUCCAUGUUUCACCAUCUAGCUUGGAAGCAGAAGCAGUGGAACGUGAAAGAAGUGAAACUUCCAAGCAGCCACCAACCGCUGUCUCACCCAAAAACUCGUCCAAUCAUCACGAGAUAGUCAAUCCCAUUGUGAACAAUCAUGCGACGAAAUCAAUCCAAGCUGGCCAAGACUCAUAUGGUCAACUUCUACUUGACACUGAUGAAAUGACUGAUCAUGCCAAUGCCGCCCAACAAAUCAACAACACUUACAAUUCAUCUGUAUUCCGAGAAUUGGCUUCCCUGGGUCCCAUAUAUCCAGAAAAUGGUGUGCGACCCAGAUUAGGCGCCUCACCCAUUUCUCCAAAGUCUAAACCAGCAUUUGUCCGUCUGCUUCCCCCUUCGGAUAAUCAAUCGACGCCCACCGGGACCAAACUGUCGUACAAAGCUGAUACAAUGGAAUCUAAGUGGUCGCUGGACCCUACUUGGACCUUUGAGAAGGCUAACGAGCGCCUGCCCCCUGUGUCAUUUGGCACCCACUCUUGCCCCCCCUCUCACUCCUCACUGCCAUCGGUAGAUGUCCCACCGUUGGUAGAAGUAUCAAGCAAUCACGAAUGCGGAGAGCUGACUGGAAUAUAUGUGUCAGCCCCAUCUUCCCCGCUCCUGAAGGAUUUAGGUAUCGAGUUGAUGACUUUGAAUUCACCUGGUGAGCCCAAUAAAAUUUUACGCAUUGUGAUUCUGUGGUCUGAUUAUAUUGUUACAAUGACCGCAUCCUAA